CGUGACGCAAGUAGACAAUAAUAAAAACAGAUGACAUUAAGCAACAGCAUCGAUGUUGAACGUAUAUAUUUUAAUACACCUUAAACUGAUGUGACUUUUGCACUGGCUGUUCGUCGCCAGUGUGAGCAUUAUGGGUGAUAUUGGGUUUUGGGUUGAUAGGACCGCAUUGCAUGAAGCGGCAAGCCAUGGCCAUGUUCUCCAGCUGAAGGAGCUGAUUCAAAACGGAGCCUGUGUCAAUGUUGUUACUGUCGAUUCAAUAACCCCCCUUCAUGAAGCCAGUCUCCGGGGCCAGACACAAUGUGUGAAGUUGUUACUAGCAGCAGGAGCGCAGGUUGAUGCAAGGAACAUUGAUGGUAGCACUCCUCUGUGCGAUGCCUGUGCUGCUGGGAGCAUAGAAUGUGCUAAGGUGCUCUUAGAACAUGGGGCCAAUGUAAAUCCCCCUUUGUUCACUGCUACACCUUUGCACGAAGCCUGCAUGAGUGGUAAUGCCGAAUGUGUAAGGCUUAUGAUAUUACAAGGUGCAAGACUUGAAGCACAUGACUGUCAUUUUGGGACCCCCUUGCAUGUUGCCUGUGCCAGGGAACACAUUGACUGUGUCAAGGUUUUGUUAAAUGCAGGUGCAAAAGUAAAUGCAGCAAAGUUGCAUGAAACAGCACUCCAUCAUGCUGCAAAAGUAAAGAACGUGGAUUUAAUAGAAUUGCUAGUUCAGUUUGGUGGGAAUGUCUAUGCCCGGGAUAAUCAAGGGAAAAAGCCAGUUGACUACACCAGAUCGGGUACUCCAGCUUCACUCUGUCUACAGUUUUAUGAAAGCACCCCUUUAAGUCUGCAGCAGCUGUGCAGAGUCAAUCUGAGAAAUUUUCUUGGAAUACAGGCACUAGAAGUGGUGUCGCGACUCAACAUACCUCAGAGAAUAAUUGACUUCCUUUCUUACUGUUGAACAUCAGAAAAUUACUGCAAGAUCAAUAUACAUCUCGGACAGUACAAAUCAUACUUGAAUUAGGUUGUAAGUAAGUAAAUACCAGCAUUCACAAAUCUCCAUUUCACAACCUGUGAAAAGUUUGUAAAACUGAGUUAGGAGAAAGAAUCUGCAUUGAAACGGACUGCUGGAAAGUGCUCGUAUGUGAUAUUUUAAAACUGUAAUCAUUUCUGUUAACAAACAAUUGUGGUUUCAUUGUGCUAUACUGUAUUCUAAAAAACAAUACAAAGGAUGACAUCUUGAAGAAUGGGAAAAAUUUUUGAUGGGGAACACAGCCUAGCAUGGUAUGUCUGUCUCUUUUUCCAAAUUUGACCAAUAAACAUUCACAUAGUAAACCCAAAGAGCUUUUUUCAGUCGAUAAAGGCUCCCUUAAAACAUUUUGAACAUUAUGUCCUUUUUUUGUACUAUAGCCUCAGCUAGUUAUCUAACUUCAAGCAAUAAUGGUCUACAUUUUUGCACUUCAUCUUUAGUCAGUAGUCACUAAUUACAAACAGUUUUAUGUUAGUAAGAUGAAAUCACUAUUUGCUUCCAGAUUCCACAGUACUAAUGCAUACCUCAUGGACUGAGCAUGUUGGGAUCAUAAAUCUUCAACCUUGCAUGCGUGUUUUUUAAAUAUUAUAUUAGUGGUGAAUGCCUCAUCUAAACAGCAGGGAUCCCUUAUGGUUGGAAGGGGUUUGAAGGUGAUACAAUUAUUUAUUUCUUUUGAAAUUAUGCUUUCAGUAAUCAGGCUGCAUCAGGAAUAAAGGCAAAUAGUUCUGGGCCUAAAUCAUGUGCAGAUGUCUGGCAGCCAGUUCUGCACCUGCCUGUUUUAAGUGCCAUAUUAAUUUCUUUCCAUCAGAAUAAUAACAUGCAAGUUUCUUGAAAAGAAAGCCCCCCCACUAAAUUAAAAGUCUUAAGGAGCAUUUAAACACAAGAAUACUGAGCCUUAUCAGACAUUACCAUGAUUUAAUAGUCAUUUGCUAAAUUCAAAAUAUUAC